AUGCAGAACAGACAGAGCGCGAAGAUCAAGAAAUUGAGAGCAAAUAAUAUUUUUAUGCAAAUAAGCGAGAACAGUGAAAUAGCCCACUGCAUAUCGUACAACCAUAACGACAAAGUGAUUGGGCUGAGCAUCUCCCAUGGCAUUCUGUUCACAUGCACUGCACACUACAUAUACGCGUGGCUUGACAGAGAAAGCACUCUCCUCUCCAUCUUUAAGAUACCCCAAGUUUUUUUGCCAUCUGACUCUCUUGCCAUAGACACUCUGAUCGCAUGCAAGAGUAAAUCUGGCUGGGAACAGCUCUUAUCUCUGCUGGGAAAAGAGCACACUCCUGUAUACAUAUUUACUCCAAAGGGAUACUUUACUCUUUCCAAUUUGCGGAUAGAGCAGCACAAGCAAAACCACUUCAUCCCGCACUGCCACACAUCGCACGGUGCUUUUGCAGUUGAAAACUCAAAGGAUCUCUGCCACUACGGGCGAAAUAAAACUUUUAUUGCUGCAAUCCCGUCAGAUGAUGUCUGCACAGUAAUAAAAUGCUUGAAAGACUCUCUCUAUCUGGGAAUGGAGUCUGGAAAAAUACUCAAAGUAGAGAUGCAGUGCAGCAGAAAAUCAGGUGAUGCUCUCUCCAUCUCUUCAGCGGUGGAAAAAGGAGUGGAGAAUUGCACAGCCCGUCUUGUUCCAAUCUACGAAAGCAGAAUGCUCCCUAUCCUGGACUUUCAAAUUGAGCCAAUGAUCGUCUCUCAUUUUGGAAAACGCCUCCAUGCUCUCCCACUGGAGCACAAAGAAAAAGAGCAAGUGCUAAAAAUAUACUCAGUGCAUUCUCUAUUUAUUAUCUUCACAGCUUCCCAUGUUUUAUUACUUAAUGAAUCGCUACACACACUUUGUAAGGAUAGAAUUCAAGGAGAAGGAUUAUCGCACUCAGAUCGAACAUUUAUAUCGCAGGACAGCGGAGUCCUCAGAGAAAUAGUCAUCGCUUCUUCAGACUGA